AUGGAUAUUCACCGGUGCCGUUUCGUGCCCUACAACCCCCAGGCGAUCAAUGCGCUUGCGUUCUCCCAUCCUCCCUCCGCUGGCGUCGCCGGACGCGGCGUCCCUACCCUCCGACUGGCGAUUGGUCGCGCAAACGGCGACAUCGAAAUAUGGAACCCGCUGCGCGGCGCAUGGUUCCAGGAGACAGUCAUCCGUGGAGGAAAAGAUAGAAGCAUCGAGGGUCUGACAUGGACGCUCGAUCCGCAGGAGACUGGCCCCGAUGGCGGCAAAUUGCCCGGACGGCUGCGUCUCUUCAGCAUCGGAUACUCCACGGCGGUCACCGAAUGGGAUCUGGAACACGGCCGUCCGCUGCGCCAUUCGAGCGGUAACUACGGCGAGAUCUGGUGUUUGGCAGCGCAGCCACGGUGGCAGGCGACACAGCGAGGCAAGGACGGGAAAUUAUUGCCGCCCGCCGAGGGAGAAUACAUCGGACAGCAUCUCGCAGCUGGGUGCGCGGACGGAUCCAUCGUUAUCUUGUCCACGGCCGAUGACGACCUCAAGUUUCUCCGUCUGAUGCGUCCGUCGACCAAAAGGGCCAGAGUACUGAGCGUCACCUUCCAGAAUCGCAACACCAUUGUCGCGGGGUAUGCCGAUAGCUCUAUCCGCCUGUUCGAUAUCCGGUCUGGCCAGCUGCUACGGACGAUAUCUUUGGGAAAGGGCCCCUCAGGUGGCACUAAGGAGCUGCUCGUUUGGUCCGUCAAGUGCCUCCCCGAUGGCACCAUUGUGUCCGGCGACUCGGCUGGCGAGAUUCGCUUCUGGGAUGCGAAGAACUACGCCCUUAUCCAGCGGAUACAGGGCCACCUCGCGGACACGCUGGAUAUUGCUGUCAGUGCUACGGGGGAUACGGUUAUCAGCGGCGGUGCGGACCAGCGGACUGUCGUCUACAGGAAGAAAGAAGCGGAGAAGGGUGAUAAGCGAAGCCGGUGGGCUGAGGUGAUGCACCGACGGUAUCACACACACGAUGUGAAGACGUUUGCCGUCUACGAAACGAAGGAGGUUAGCAUUGUGGUUUCUGGAGGUCCUGACGCUGCCCCGGUUGUCCUGCCUCUGCGCGAAUUCGGAAAAGAGCACCAUCGGAAGCUGCCGACGUUACCUCAAAUACCGCAGCUUGCUUCGUCUCCGUCAUCUCGUCUGGUUAUGAGCUUCUGGGACAGAGAGGCCAGCAUUUGGCGCGUAUCCCGCGGUCCCACCUCCGCUAACGAGAGCUCCGAGGGCCAAAGACACCGGCUUGUGGGCAAAGUAUUGAUUCAAGGCGAAGAAAACAUCACGUCGGCUAUGCUCUCUUCGGACGGCAAAAUCCUCGUGGUUGCUACGAUCUCCAGCGUCAAGGUGUUUUCCGUUCGUCGCCGCAAGGGUGAUGAGAAAGGAACGCUACGCAUCCAGAAGCUCGAUGUCCCCGAAGCACUUUCCGACGACGGCGCUCGCGUUGUGACCAUCUCCCCAGACAGCCGGUGGAUCUGCGUCGUGCGUCCCAACAGUGCUGUCAAUCUGGCUCGAAUCCAGCCUGCUUCGUCCCCGCAGGACAAGCCUCAGGUCCUCUCGAAACUCAUCCAAGUCAACAGAGCCUCGCGCCACUCGCGGCAUGAGAAAGCAUCCCACGGCACCCUCGGAGAUUAUGAGAAGACCAUCCGAUGCGCCGUAUUCUCGGAAAACAGCAGGAUUUUUGCGGUUGGUGAUAUCUCCGGCUGCGUCGACACUUGGGUAUUGGAAGAUGCUGGAGCUGCCGCCUCCAAGGCGGCGGCGAAGUCUACCAGCGAUGCAGACUCCGACGACGAGUCUUCCGACGAUGAGGAGGAAUCGGCGGUUGAAGGCGAGCGUUGGCGUCUUGCUGCUGCAGAGUCGCCUAUCCCCCGCCUCACGUCAGGCGUCGUCUUUCUGUCAUUCAGACCGCAGAAUAAGGCCAGCGAAAAGCUACUGACGAAUGGCGCCAGCCAUCAGCCGUCCUCCGAAAACCGGCUGAUGGUUCUCACCAGUGAGCAUCAGCUGGUGGAAUUCGACGCGAUUGAAGGCAAAUUGUCCGACUGGUCGAAACGAAACCCCAAAGCAUUCCUGCCGGCUGCGUUCAGAGGCGUGAAGGACCGUGCGAUGGGCUGUCUCUGGGAUCUGACGGAAGCCCGCGAACGACUGUGGCUGUAUGGAAACUCGUGGCUGUGGAUGUUUGACUUGAACCAGGACUUCCCAUCCUCUGAAGAGUUGACUGCAUCCGCAGACACCCACGAUGAUGCCGCUUCGAAAAAGAACGCAUCUAAACGCAAGCGCGACCCGUUUGAAGAGGAUGAGGGUGAGAGGAAGAAGCCAAACACUGGCGCUGGUGAUAAGAUCCCACUGGCCAAAUCUGAUGUCUCGAUCGCUGCGAAGAUUCGUAAGGUCGAGGGCCAUGACGAGUCCCAGGGCGAGUGGGUCUCUCUAGAGAAGCUGCAGACACGCGGACGCGAUGACGAAGACGAAGCCUACGAGAAUGAUGAAGCCUAUAUCGACAACCAUGAAACCGCCUUGGCACGACUUCGGCGGGACGACAAAGCGGAAGUUAGCACUCAGCACAAGCGCCGAUCUAUACGUCUGAACAACACAAGCGACGGCGCCAACGACACGUCCUCUCAGAAACAGCUGGUUCAGAACGGGGAUAAGCCCCAGUCCUCCCGCCGGUGGUGGCACACGUACAAGUACCGUGAUAUUCUCGGGAUUGUGCCGCUAAGCCCUCUUUCGGAUGAAGGCGCGCAAGACGAUGAGGAGCGGAGCAGCCUUGAAGUCGCUGUCGUGGAGAGGCCCAUGUGGGAUGUGGAACUGCCAGGCCGUUAUGUUCGGGACUACGAGUGA